AGAUUUAUCAUUGUUAGCAUUAUUAUCUACCAUAUUCUUUGUUUGCCUAUUGGUUUUCCUACCUAUCAUAUGGUGUACUAAUAAUACCGUAUUAUUGAGUGCAUUAUUCAGCCGAUAUUUAUCUAGUAUAUUUAUACUGUAUAAAUAUAAUCUAUAUGUUUUAAUCAUGACCACCACUACCACCACAAUGCAACAAGGUUACGUAGUGUAUUCAUUAACACCGGAUCCAUACCCAGAUGCUAAUGGCAUAGAUGGUGAGCCUAUCCGGUACAGUGCCUACGAUAAAAGAUUUGCCACCGCUCUAUGUCUAUUCGUGGUAAUAACAUCUGUGGUACUGAUAUGCCUAUACUUUCUCAUUGGUCACGCAUUCACGUACAUAAUGCUCAUUAUAAUCGUCAUACUAUUGGUGGCCCUAUUCAUCGCAUACCGGGUCCGGAGGCCAGGAAUACUGUUUCCAAUGAGGGCCACGACAUUAGUAAAGUUUCCCAAUUCAUAUGCCAUGCAUGUCAUACCGGGGCCACAAUUGCCCCACAUUUAUCGCACCGACCGGAAUAGCCCGCAUAAGCCUGAUAACAGUUUUUAUUACCCAUAUCCCGGUCCGUAUACUGUGCCGUUUAAUCAUGGUGAUAAUGCUGCUGGUGCUAAUGUUAAUAAUAAUGCUACAGAAUGUAAAGUGGUUAAAUAAGCAUGGCAGUUUGUUAGAGUGUUUGUGGAUUAAUACCAUGUGAUUAAUUCUCGU